UGUGACCGGAGGUGACAAACCUGGGGAAGUUUGCAGGAUUUCGCUCAGCUCCGAAUAUCUGAUAUGUGAAAAAAAAUAAAUAAAUCUGAGCGCAGGGAGAGAGAGAGGGCAGCUGGAUUCAAAGUGAGUUUUGAAGUGACAGUCGACCCAAACACGAAAAGACAGACAUCCUGCGUGUGUGAAUGUGCCAGCGUGUUCGCGUCUGCCCGAGCAUCCGACGAGGAGGACCGAGACCGAGCGGAGGGAGAGCAGCACCAGCAGUCUGUCAAGGCUUCUCUCCUUCCAAGUUUGGCAUUUCCAGCGGGCUUCAGGGGGGGACUCCCGAUCUGAAGCUGCGAUGGAGCUUCGGAAAAGCAAUGGACCUGUAUUGGUUGGAGUUUACCUGUGGGCGACGUUUUACUAUCAAGCUUGUCACUGCGGAGUGUACCAGAGGAAACUGUACCGUGAACUGAUGCUGAACUACAAUCGUCUGGAGAGACCAGUCCAAAAUGACUCUGCUCCUAUUCUUGUGGAACUUGGCCUGACAUUGCUACAGAUUAUUGACGUGGAUGAAAAGAACCAAGUGUUGAUUACAAACGCGUGGCUGCAACUGCAUUGGACGGAUAUUUACCUGUCCUGGAACCCAGAGAACUAUCCUGGGGUUCAGAAUCUUCGCUUUCCCUCCAAUCUGGUUUGGGUUCCAGAUAUCCUUCUCUACAACAGUGCCGAUGAGAGAUUUGAUGCCACGUUUCAUACAAAUGUGCUGGUUAAUGCAUCAGGAGCCUGCCAAUACAUCCCACCAGGUAUCCUGAAGAGUACAUGCUAUAUUGAUGUCCGGUGGUUCCCAUUUGAUAUCCAGAAGUGUGACCUGAAGUUUGGCUCUUGGACCCACAACGGCUGGCUCCUGGAUCUUCAGAUGAUGGAUGUGGACAUUUCUACAUACAUUCCCAACGGAGAGUGGGACCUCGUAGGUGUGCCUGGAAAGCGCAACGAGUUGUACUAUGAGUGCUGCAAGGAGCCCUACCCUGAUGUGACGUUCACCGUCACUAUGCGACGCAGGACUUUGUACUACGGCCUCAACCUGCUCAUCCCCUGUGUGCUGAUUUCUGGAUUGGCCCUUUUGGUUUUUCUGCUUCCAGCUGACUCUGGAGAAAAGAUCUCACUGGGUAUUACUGUGCUGCUUUCUCUAACGGUGUUCAUGCUGCUUGUUGCAGAGAUCAUGCCCGCCACUUCAGACUCUGUUCCUCUAAUUGCACAGUACUUUGCCAGCACCAUGAUGAUUGUGGGCUUGUCUGUAGUGGUAACAGUCCUGGUUCUUCAGUUCCACCACCACGAUCCCAGAGGGGGGAAAAUGCCUAAAUGGAUCCGUGUGAUUCUUCUGAACUGGUGCGCUUGGUUCCUCCGCAUGAAGAAGCCCGGGGAAGAAAAUAAGCCAGCAGUGAGCUCCAGUAACCCUCCAACGUACAAAUACUCUCACUCUCCUCCGCACCACACCAGCACCACCAGCAUCCAGAUGAGCACGAUACCAGGGCAGGCCCAGUCAACCACAACCAACGGCAACAUGAACCUGUACUUUGGCUACCACUCCACAGGAACAGACAACCCCGCCUUCCCACCGAGCACCGACUCAGGCCUGGUGACAUGUGGCAUCGGCGGUGAAGGAGGCGGAGGAAACCACCUGAGUGGCUCCUCCCAGCCUGACAUCCACUCGGACCACACACGGACAAUGCUGCUAGAGCAGAUCCCGGAAAUCUCCCUCAUCCUGGAGGAAGUGCAGUACAUCGCCAGGCGCUUUCGAGACCAGGACGAAGGGGAGGAAAUCUGCAGCGAGUGGAAGUUUGCCGCCGCUGUGGUGGAUCGCUUAUGCUUGGUGGCCUUUUCGCUGUUCUCCAUCAUCUGCACCUUCACUAUACUCAUGUCAGCUCCAAAUUUCAUUGAGGCCGUGUCAAAAGACUUUACAUAAAGCUAAUUUCUUGCCACGCUGAGAAGGAGAAGGAAAAUUGCUUCAGAAAGAAUCCAAACAUGUUGGUAUCUAUAAUAUACAGAGAUCCUGAACUACUUCUAGUUAAAGCCUCACAAGCUGAUACACUGUACAUAAGGUCUUAUUGUGUCGUUGCACUUUUCUUUGUGCAUUUUUUUCAAGAUUGUUUUUAUGUCUUUGAGGUGACUCUCCUAGCAUCAUGCAAAUAGUAAGAUGUUGAUGCUUGAUGCUAUUGUUAAUAGUGUAGAAACUCACUUUGAUGCACUUUUCACAUUUAUCCCUAACACUCCACCUCGUUUACCUGCCACCACUGUGACGUCACGUCUUAUCAGAGUAGCCUCCUCACAAGCCUUCAUUUUUCUGUUUUCCCUCACAUCCCUCUGUUUAUCCAUCAUUACAAACUUUCAAAGAAGGUUUCUCACAUUACAGUCCUGGUCUGCAUUGUAGUUAUUGUAGUUUUUCUUUUACAUUUUUAGAUACACAACACAAUACUGCUUCAUUUGUUGAGAAUGGAUAUUUUUUUGCUGUUUGUUCUGUAAAUUAGGCGGCAGCACCAUAUUAGUUUCUGCUUGAAUCUACCUGUGAAUUCCUUAUUCAGUCAGAUAUUAUGGAUAUAUGUAUUUUUUUAUUAAGUGGAAUUCCUAUUCAGAUUUUAAUGAUCCAAGUUAUAUUAGAAUCCGUUCACAUAUGAUAGUUGGGAGUACAGUACAGUUGUGAACACACUUGAUAUGGAUUCCGAAAAGACCCAUUAAGACUCCAGUAGGAGGUUGGCUGGACUAUUGUAUUUGCAUUAGUUUGGCCAGUCCUUACUGGGACAAACUGACUCAAUUCAUACAUUGAAACUCAGAGGAUUGCUGACCACAUGGAUGCCUGAGUAAAAUGGUUGCUGGAGUAACCGAACUGGAGCAUAUAAUGUUACACAAGAAUAAGCAAACGUGUUGAUGCUCUGUGUCUUGCUCAAUGAUAUUUACACAUUUUUAUUUGUUUUUGUCUGAUCUGAUAACACAAGACGUACUUUGUGACGUCUUCUGACGUCACAAAAUGACACCUGACAUCCCAGGUGUCAUUUUCAGCUGCUCUGUUUUCAGCAGAACCAGCUAGGACGUAUGAUACUACGAGGUCCGGACAGCGCCUGAGUCUUUCUUGACUAGCACAUCAGCACCGCUGCAAGUUAAUUUAAGAACCUUGAAAUUACUUCCAACCUCUCUCCCAUAUCACUGCUGGAUUUUUAAUUUACUACAUCUCCCUUUGCAUUUCUAGUCUGUCUCAUUUCUUCUUUAAGUAUUAAUCUUUUGAGUCGCUCUGUGAGCAGCUCAAACCAAGGUUCUGUAUCCACAAAUGUAAUGAGAGGAAUUUUAUCAGUGUGGGUAAAAGUCAUACUUAAUUGUGACUUUGCAGUUUUUCAAAUUGUAAAAAUAUUUCUUUUUCAAUCCAUUUACUGACUAUAUUUAGUGUGAUUAGCUGAAUCACUUGGUUAGUGACUUAUGUUUCUCACUAAGCAUAUCCCCUGAAGGUUGAAGUGUUUGUUGCAUACUGUGUUAUAUUUUGUCACAUGUUGUCAAAAACUCAUGAUAUAAAAGAAACAACUUUUGACUAAAAGGCAAGAUUUUAAAUGAGUUUUGAGGAAAAGGUCAAUCCCAUUGACAUCACAUUUGGCCUAAAUCUUUUGUUACAAAAAAAUAGCAAAAGACAAACCCUUUGCUAAUCUCUCAUGCAACACGGAUUACCGGGUGACUGAUGUAGAAGAUUUAGGGUAAAUCCGAUUUUUUUUUUAUUCCCCAAUCGCCCUCUCUGAUCCUGAGUGGCAUAAGACAAAUAUAUUUCAGCUUGUCAUGCACAAAGGUGAACCUCAGAUGUGGGAUUUUACCAUGACUGGAGAUGUAAGCGACACUGAUGAGGAACAAAAGCAUCAUGACCCAGCACAACUGCUGCUGCAGUAGAUUAAGUACCAUUACAUUAAAUCAAUGGACCAAGAGCAGACAGAGCCGUGCCACCUGAUGAUUAACAUUUAUGCUUUUUUGGAUUUGCAAAUGUGCUGUCCUCUCUGCCAACAAUGCACACUGGAAAUGUGAAGACAUGUACAUAGAGCGUUGUCGACAACUAUGUUUCAUUUUUGAUGUGACUUUGAAAAACGAUGAAGCCUAUUGAGAAAACACUUUGAAUUUUUUCUGGAAAUUUAAAUAUUAAAGUGUCUUAAAGGUAAUUUAGGCCAGAAUGUCUCAGUCUACAAGCAACCAGCACAGGUUUUGUUUCUCACUGCCAGUUUGAUGACAAUAUAAGCAGGAUAGUUGUUGAGACAUCAACUUUGGCUUUGGAAUAUCUUUUUGCAACCAAAGCAUAGAUUUCACCCAGAGUUGAAGUUUACCUUCAGGAUGAAGGAAGGUUUUUGGUAAAAUACAUGGUAAAAGUUUGAUAUUUGACACAGAAAAUGCUGAACUGCCCCAAGGAGGAUGAUAUUAUUUAAUUGUAUUUUCAACCAGAAUUAUAUGCUGUUCAUAUUGUGUGUUUUUAUUUGUAGUCGGUGCCUCUUAUCAGUAUGCAUAAUUCUCCUUAAAAGAUGUUCACAAAACCUCACUGUAUAUGCCUAUUUUAUGAGAAAUAAACAAAAACUGACAAAACUA